UAUGAGCUGUCGCGAGAAUUGGGAAGCCAAACGCCGGAAGCAGUUCGUCGCUCCGUAGCGGCCGAAGGGGCGUGCUCGCGAGCUGAGGGAGUCUGAGCAGUUUUCUCCUCGCUCGGCGGCACAAGAUGGCGGACAUCUCCCUGGACGAACUCAUCCGGAAGCGCGGGGCGGCGGCGAAGGGGCGGCUCAAUGCCAGACCAGGAAUGGGAGGUGUCCGUUCCCGAGUUGGGAUCCAGCAGAGCCUUCUCAGCCAGCCAACACGUACAGCCACCUUCCAGCAAAGGUUUGAUGCCCGGCAGAAGAUUGGCCUCUCAGAUGCCCGGCUCAAGCUGGGAGUUAAGGAUGCCAGGGAGAAGCUUUUGCAGAAAGAUGCCAGGUUUCGGAUCAGAGGGAAAGUACAGGAUGCCAGAGAGAUGCUGAACUCCCGCAAACAGCAGAGCACGGUGUCCUCGAAGCCCCGCCAGGUGGCCGAUGCCCGGGAGAAGAUCAGUUUAAAGAGGAGUUCCCCUGCUGCCUUCAUGAGCCCACCCGUUGGGACGGUGACCCCUGCCCUGAAGCUCACCAAAACCAUCCAGGUUCCACAGCAGAAGGCCAUGGUCCCACUUCAUGCUCAUCCUGCUGGAAUGAGGAUCAAUGUCGUCAAUAACCACCAGGCUAAACAGAAUUUAUAUGACCUGGAUGAAGAUGAUGACGUUACAGUCCCCAUUCCUACUAAACAAAUGAAGUUUGUAGCUUCAGGCAGCUUUCUCCACCACAUGGCUGGACUGAGUAGUUCCAAGCUGUCCAUGUCCAAGGCCCUUCCUCUUACCAAAGUGGUUCAGAAUGAUGCCUACACAGCUCCUGCUCUCCCCUCGUCUGUUCGAACAAAGGCCCUGACCAACAUGUCCCGGACCCUGGUGAACAAGGAAGAACCCCCCAAAGAGCUUCCGCCUGCUGAGCCUGUCCUCAGCCCUUUGGAAGGCACCAAGAUGACUGUGAAUAAUCUGCACCCUCGAGUGACCGAGGAGGACAUUGUUGAACUUUUCUGUGUUUGUGGAGCCCUCAAGCGGGCUCGGCUGGUCCAUCCUGGGGUAGCGGAGGUGGUAUUUGUGAAGAAGGAUGAUGCCAUUGCUGCGUAUAAGAAGUACAACAACCGAUGUCUGGACGGACAGCCAAUGAAGUGCAACCUUCACAUGAACGGGAACGUCAUCACCUCAGACCAGCCCAUCCUUCUGCGACUGAGCGACAGCCCCUCAGUGAGAAAGGAAGGCGAACUGCCUCGCAGGAUGAACUCAGCCUCCUCCUCCAGCCCUGCUGCCGAAGUGGACCCUGACACCAUCCUGAAGGCACUCUUCAAGUCUUCGGGGACCUCCAUGACCACACAGCCCACAGAAUUCAAAAUCAAACUCUGAGCAGGGGAUUGAGGCAGCCAGAGCGGGGGCAGAGGAAGGAGGCUCUGUUCCCUGCGGCAAAGCUUGUGACCAAUGGGCCAUUGGACUGGAGCCCCCACAUGUGGGAGGGGCUGCAGGGGUGACACGCUUCCUCGCUGGACGGACCCCUCCUCUGUGUUCCACCUUGUGCUCUCCUGUACGUUAACAUCUCCCUUUCCCAAUGUUCCCUCCUCCCCUCCACCUCGUCACCAAGGCAAGCUUGUUUCUCCGUGUGCCUCCCCCGCCUCGGCCCAGGCUGAUUUCUUAUCCAGAAAUGGUGCACUACUUCACUGGGUGGCUUUCUUGUGGCUCUGUGGGAUGCAGGACAGGGCAUUUUGAGGGACACUGUUUUCUCCAGGGCUAAGGUGUUAUCUCCCAUUUCUGUUUUUUAAACUUUUAAAACAAAGCAGGGAAUGGAACCCCCUGCCAUCCUAACAGGAUCCCUGUCAGCUUGUUAGCUGCACUGCUCACCCACCCAGUCACUGACCACAAGCACCUCUGGGCUGGACUGGUCUGGGUAGGGGCCCAUGUCAGGGUGGGGCAAGGCUGCUGCUCUGUUGGGAAGAGCACACCCUAGCUCUGGGCAGCCUAGAACAGAUGCUCAGAGGCCAUGCUUCCCUUCCUGGAUUUGGUCUGAGUGCCCCAGCCUGAUUCUCUUGGCCUUCUGGGUGCCACUUUUGGGAGCCCUGCCUCUUUGGCCCUCCCAUGUGACACCUGAGUUGGCACUCAUAACACCUGGUUUUGGUGCAAAUGCCAACUCUGCUGGCUGGGCCUUUCCAAGGUGCCACCUCCUAUUCUGCACCUCUGGGUUCAUUUGAAUAGGAGAUGCUGGCUUGUUCCAGCCCUUCUUUUCUCUCAGUUGUCUAUAGGACAGUAGUCUGGGAUGCUGGGAGGCAUAUUUCCAGCUGCCACCAAAGGGCACUGUCCUCACUAUUUUGACCCAUCUGUCAAUGACCAGAGGAGUGUGUUCCUACCUUGACAUUGAGGGACCUGGGGUAGGGGUGGAGGGAGCAGUGUGCCCACCAAGCAAGCCAUUGGGCUGCCUUCUCCACGUGGUCCUCAGCAGUAGGGCAGAGCUCUGGCCUCAGCAGCAGUCCUCAAACACCAGGGCAGCAUUGCACCUGCGUCAUCCAGCAUUCCCUCCUGCGUUGUCGGGACUGCAGAGGGAAUCCAGGCUGGCAGCAAGCAGACAAGCAGGGUCCUGUGCAAAAUCAAGGGUGAAUGCUGUGAAAGGCCCAGGCUGGAAAGUACGGGGACCCUGAGUCACCAAAAGCCUGCCAAGUAGUACAUGAGGCUCACCAUGUGAGGAAAACCCUGGGGCUAUAUUUUGAGCAGUUAAGUCAGUUAGCAGGAGGGAUCUAUAGUUGGAACCCAGCUUGAGUCCUGCAGCUUUGAAGUUGCCCGGGCUGGGGAGGCCCCAGGAAAGUACCUGGUGGUGCUCCACUUCUCAGCUCUUUAAAGGAUGCUUCUUCCCUUCUCUUACCUCCUCCAAAUGAACGCAGACAUACUUCUCUCUAGCAGCCAGAAGACAUUCCUUCUACAUUGUACUUCCUGGCCCAGAGAGCACCCAGAAGGCAGCAGGGCCUGUUUCUCAGGUGCUGGGCAGAUGGCUCACUACUUGGGCUGUGCUAGAGGAGGGGUAGUAACCGUCCUGGCUGCACAGCCUCACUUUUCUUGGAUUGCAGGCCAGGCGUGCUCUGGUUAUCACUGAGCCUAUUGGAAGCCACUGGCCAUCUGAACCCUGUGGUCUGGAUGGCCAUGGGAGCGGGGGCACCUCCCUGCCUCUGCAGCUCUACAGGAUGUCAUCUUGGGAAACUGGGAAGAGAAGGUGGUGGGCCAAUCCUUGUAUCCUUCUCCACCUCCCUCUUCCCACAUUACCCACCUGGGUCUCUUGUUAGAAAGGAGAGGAAGAGACAUUAAGGGAUGAAGGCGAUUGUAUUCUCCAUUUCUGAAUAAACGUUUGUUAUUCCUA